AUGGUAAUGGAAGGAGAUUUGGCACUAAUUUCGAGUUCGGGGAAACUACCAGCAGUACAAGUAGCGGUACUUCUGCAUAGUAUUGGUGAAGAUGCUCUAGAGUCAUUUAUGCCAAAGAAGAGUGAGCGGUUGAAUAAUGGGCGUCCACCACCUUACCUCGAGGAAUUUGUUACUGGAAGUUUAUCUGACGAUUCAAACGACGACAAAGACUUGGAUGUAACAAUCAAAAUGGAAGAUUCUAGGGUUACAUCACUUUUGGAAGGACUUACGAAUCAGAUUACAUUGAUGCAAGCACAGCUGAUGCAAAAUACAGAGGUACAGACAAGGAUGGAAGAGAAGAAUAAUGAACUUCAUCAGAAGCUGGAAGCUACAAAUCGACAACUAGCUGAAGUUCAGCGAACGAUGAAAAUUGAAGUCCCUCCUACAACUCGAUCAUCAGCUAUACUGAAUAAUACAGUCCCAGUAACAUUACCUGCACAGCUUGAUACGCCUUCGCCUUCGAUAACUCCGACAAGAAAUUCUACGCACCAACAGUCAACACUUUCAUGUUCAAUUCCUAGUUUUUCUGUUUACCCAAAUAACCCUGUAUAUUGGCAACAGCAUCCAUCGUUACCUGUCAGAAAGUAUUUAGUAGCAUUGCCAAAGUUUGAUGGAAAUCCUUGCGACUGGCUGGUUUUCAAUGCAGAGUAUAAAAGAACUACGACAGAGUUUGCAUAUACUUCUUCAGAAAAUACAACGAGACUAAACAGUAGUUUGCAAGGGAAAGCUCGUGAGCUUGUUCAGUGGUUAUUAAUUCACGACGACAUGGCGGAGAAGAUCAUGGAGAGAUUGUAUAGCAGGUUUGGUCGACCAGAACUUUUAGUGGACGCACAAAUUACUAUGUUGAAGAACAUUCCCGGAAUCUGUGAAAAUAAUGUGGGACAGAUUAUUCCUUUUGCUGACAAAGUGAUCAACUUUAGUCACUUUAUGUUAACUUGUUCUAGUCAACAUCAGCUUGCCAAUCCCACACUGCUUAAUGAGUUGAUCUUAAAGCUCCCAAUGAAUAUGAGAAUUGCAUGGGCCUCUCAUAUUAGUUCACUGACUGGUGUCCCGUCUAUAUUAGAUUUUAGUAACUGGAUUGAAGUUAAAGCCGACAACAUAGCCAGAGUUCCUGUGUGCAAUUCUUUGAUUUCUCCGACAGAGAAAAAGACGACACCCAAGAAAUAUCAAAUGCUUCACACUUCCAACGUUACAAGUAAGAAAGAAAUGAACUGUGUCUUAUGCGAAAAGAACCAUUUCAUCGCUAACUGCCCGGAUUUUUUGAAUAAAUCUACAGAUGAUAAAUGGAAGUUAGUAACAGAAAAGAAAUUGUGUUUUUCUUGUUUGAAAUUUGGACAUUCUACUAGAAUGUGCCGCAUUAGAAAGUCUUGCAAUAAGAAUGGAUGUAACAGAGUUCAUCAUCCUCAAUUACACAGUGAAUGUCAAGAUAAUAAAUCUACGCCAACGGUUUUAAAUAUGGAAGUAUCCUGUCAUGCUGCGUUGAAAGCAAAUGAAUCCAAGGUGUUGUUUAAAGUAGUUCCAGUAAAAUUAUACAAUAGAGGAGAAGUUGUUUCCACGUAUGCAUUGAUUGAUGAGGGAUCAAGCGUAAGUCUGAUCAAGAGAACCGUAGCUGUACGUUUGAAGUUGAAGGGACCUAUGCGAAAGUUGAAUCUCCAAUGGUUCGGAGACCACUGUAGUUCUGAAGAAACUGAAAUCGUUAAAUUUAACAUAUCUGGAAUCCAUAACAAUGCCGAAGUGUUUGAGAUGAGGAAUGUGUGUACCGUAAACAAUCUUUGUCUUCCAAUGCAAACUGUAGACAUGAAUCAACUUCAUUCCAAAUAUGACUACUUACAAAAUCUUCCUAUUGCCAGCUAUACUGACGCCCGACCAGAGCUAUUAAUAGGAUUGGACUUUUGUCAUUUGGGAUUAUCGAACAGAAAGAUUCAACAAACAUCAAAUGGACCUAUUGUUGCAGAAAGUCCUCUUGGUUGGAUAGUUUAUGGAAGAACAGUUGACAAUGAGAUACAAUCAAGUCCAGAAAGAAUGUUUCAUGUGAGAGGGUACUUUGACGACAUCCAUUCUAUUGUAAAAGACUAUUUUACCACUGAAAACUUUGGUGUUGAACUAUCAACAACACCAAGAGAGUCUUCUGAAACGGUUCGAGCGCGUCAACUGUUGGAAUCAACAACAAAAAAGGUCAAAGGUCGUUACGAAAGUGGUCUAUUAUGGAAAAACGAUGACAUAGUUUUACCAGAUAGUUACCCAAUGGCAAUCAGUCGAUUGAGAAAUGUUGAAAACAAGAUGAAAAAAGAACCUGUUUACGGUAUGAAGUACAAGGAAACUAUUGUCAGCUACGUGCAGAAAGGAUAUGCUCGUAAAUUGUCAUCUGAAGAGGUUGUUGAAAUUUCUCCACGGACUUGGUAUUUACCACAUUUCGGUGUACUGAAUCCAAAUAAGCCUGGAAAAUUCAGACUUGUAUUUGAUGCCGCGGCUAAAGUUGGAGAAACAUCCCUUAAUUCAUCAUUGUUGACAGGUCCAGAUCUAAAUCAGCCACUUCUCACAGUUUUAUCUAAAUUUCGUGAAGGUCAAGUUGGGGUAUGUGCUGACAUCAAGGAGAUGUUUCACCAGGUGAUAAUUCGUGAAGAAGACCAAAACUCUCAACGAUUUUUAUGGAGAAAUGAUAAAACUGGCGAAAUUGAGGUAUAUAAGAUGUUAGUUAUGAUAUUUGGAUCCACAUCUUCACCGACAACAGCUCAAUAUGUCAAAAACUUUCAUGCAACACAGUAUCUAGAAAGUCAUCACGAAGCGGCCAAAGCAAUUAUUGAACGACAUUACGUUGACGAUUACGUUAAUAGCUUUCACACCGAUGAACAGGCAAUAACUGUAUCCAUGAUGGUUAAAAAUAUUGAGAUGGCUGGUGGUUUUGAAUUACGAGGUUUUAUAUCAAAUUCAAGAAAGGUUACUUCGAUCUUGAAUCAGGAACAAGGUGAUCAACUAUAUCAAGUGGAUAUGAACUUGGACAAAUCCUCUACAUGUGAUAAGAUACUGGGCAUGGUAUGGGACACAUCCACUGACGAGUUCAAAUUCAACUUGAAGUUUAAUCGUUUAGAAUCGACAGUAAUCACUUGUGAAAGAAUUCCAACAAAGAGAGAAUUUUUAGCGAUUGUCAUGUCAGUAUAUGAUCCGUUCGGAUUCUUAGCGGAUUUUCUUGUAUACAUGAAGGUACUCUUGCAACUUGUAUGGAGGUCUGGUGUAGAAUGGGAUCAACCAAUACCUACACAUCUUUACGAGCGAUGGUGUGCAUGGAGUCGAGAAUUAACAAAGGUUAGUCACUUUCGUAUUACACGUUGUUACUCAAAGGGACUGCGGAUGCCAAAAGCUGUUGAACUUCACAUAUUUGUAGACGCGAGUGAAGUCGCUUUUUCAGCAGUGUGCUACCUUCGAGUUACUUCGCAAAAUGAAGUUACAGUAUCAUUCGUCAUGGGGAAAACUAAAUGCGCACUUGUCAAAUACCUUUCCAUCCCAAGGCUCGAAUUGCAGGCAGCAAUUCUUGGAGUUAGAAUGUAUAAAACUGUUUUGAGAUCUCACAGUUUUGUUAUUUCAAAAUCGACAUUUUGGAGCGAUUCGAAAACUGUACUUCAUUGGAUCAAGGAUGACAUAAGAAAAUACAAGACAUUCGUUGCUAAUAGAGUGGGUGAAAUUUUGGAUUCAACAGAACCCACUCAAUGGAACUGGGUUUCAACACAUGAAAAUGCUGCUGAUGAUGCGACACGUGACAUUUAUCCACCUCAGUUCAAACCUAAUCGAAGGUGGAUAAACGGACCAGAAUGGUUGAAGCAAGACAAAAGUAAAUGGCCUCAUCAAACAGAUUGUCAUGUAGUAAAUGAUGAAGACCUAGAACUACAACCACCAAAACAUGUAGUUAUGAUGAUUCGUGAAAAUAUGAUUCAAUUUAACUUUGCAAAUAGCUCGAGUUAUUUCAAAAUUUUACGUACAGCUGCUUGGAUGAUACGUUUUGUAAAGAAUUUAAAAGCUAAAGCUUCCAACAUGAAUUUGCAUACAGGUGAACUAAAAGUUGAGGAAGUAAGACAGGCUGAAAUUUUGAUAUUCCGAACUGUACAGAUGGAAACUUUUCACGAAGAAUACGAUUCACUGACUAAUCGUGUUCCUAUCAGCAAAUCAAGCGAUAUAUAUAAGUUGACACCAGCCUUGGAUGAAGAUGGGAUUAUUAGAUUAAAUGGACGAAUUGACAACGCUCCUACACUACCAAUGAGGACCAAGCGACCUAUAAUUUUACCAAAACAACAUCCAGUCACAAAACUUGUCAUCAGUCAUUAUCAUCGUUUAUGUCACCACCAAAACGAAGAAUUGAUCAUUUGUGAAAUUCGGCGAAAAUUUUGGAUUAACGAUUUACGUGUUUUAGUAAGGUCAUCUAAACGCCAAUGUCAGCAAUGUAAAAAUGAAACAGCUCAACCAGAGGUGCCACAAAUGGGACAGUUACCACUAGAUCGCCUAACUCCAAACAUUCGACCGUUUACGUACACCGGACUAGAUUAUUUUGGACCUGUUCAUGUUACAAUUGGAAGAAGACGUGAAAAGAGGUGGGUGGCAUUAUUUACUUGCUUGACGAUUCGUGCAGUACAUCUCGAAAUUGCACAAGACUUAUCGACAGAUUCUUGUAUCAUAUGCCUCCGAAACUUUAUGAAUUUGAGAGGAGUUCCAGUUAGAAUCCGAUCAGACAACGGAUCUAAUUUCCUCGGAGUGAAGGGUGAGUUGAUGACAGUUGAAAAUUUGUAUAAUAAAGAUGCCAUAAUAUCGGAAUCCACAAUGAAAGGAAUAGAAUGGCUGUUUAAUUGUCCUUCCAAUCCAUCAGCGGGUGGAUGUUGGGAGCGACUAGUGCGAUCUAUUAAAAGAGUUCUCAAACAUUCGUUAAAGGAAGUAGCUCCGAGGGUUGAAACAUUACGCAGUUACUUGCUUGAAGCAGCAAACAUGGUGAACUCUAGACCAUUGACUCAUGUACCUGUGUCAGCAUUAGAAGAACAUCCAUUAACACCAAAUUCUUUCUUAAUUGGAGAUACAAAUGUUAUACAAUCACCUUAUACGCCAGACGAAAAAUUAUGGACGUUUCGAAAGCAAUGGAGAGUGGCAAAUGCUUUAAAAAAUCAUUUUUGGCGUAGGUGGAUAAGAGAAUAUUUACCUAUACUAACCAGGAGAACAAAGUGGUUUGAAAAGAAGGAGCCGAUCAAAGUAGGAGAUCUAGUAAUCAUUUGUGAAGACGAUGUUCAUCGAAAACAAUGGAUACGGGGAAUAGUAGAGAAAGUUUUUCCUGGUAAAGACGGUCAAGUACGGAGAGCAGAAAUACGAACAAAUGAUCGACUUCUUCAGAGACCUGCAUCUAAGCUUGCAGUUCUGGAUGUCAUUAGUAAAUCAACCCAGUGA